GCGGGGCGCUCGGUUGCUAGGGCCGCGCUGUUGCUAGGGCCGGGGCAGAGCGCGGUGGCCCUCCCGGCCCGCCGCCGCCUUCCCCGGGCCGGGGCCAUGGUGAAGCUCGCUGCCAAGUGCCUGCUGGCAGGAGAUCCAACUGUGGGGAAGAGUGCUUUAGCCCAGAUGUUCCGCAAUGAUGGGGCUCAUUUUCAGAAGAACUACACACUGACAACGGGCAUAGAACUGUUGGUGAAGGCUGUAUCAGUUCCAGAGACAAGUGAUAGUGUGGAAUUCUUCAUUUUUGACUCUGCAGGAAAAGAUCUAUUUUCUGAAAUGCUGGAGAAACUGUGGGAGCAGCCCAACGUCCUGUGCCUUGUAUAUGAUGUCACUAAUGAGCAAUCUUUCAACAACUGUGCCAAGUGGUUGGAGAAGCUGAGAGCUCAAGCAGUUGGAGUGCACAUCCCAGGUGUCUUAGUGGGGAAUAAAACAGACCUGGUUGGUCGUCGAGUUGUGGAGCAGAAACAAGCACAGGAGUGGGCUGAGAAGCAUGGCCUUGAAUACUGUGAAAUGUCAGUGAAGGAGAUGAAAAAUUUUGAGGCCCCUUUCCACAUCCUGGCAAAGUCAUUCCACCAACUGUACAAAGAGAAAGUGGAAACUUUUCACUCACUAGCCUGAGGGCCACGACUGGCAUGACUUGUUUUUGCUAUAAGCUUCUAGUGCCCAGAAUCCUGCAGGAUGGAAUACAGAAAGAAUAAAAAAGAUGAGCUAUUUACUUCUUCAUGGUCAUCUUCUGGUAAUUCAAAACAAACUAGAAAUAGGCAAGUGGAAAGACACUCUUCUGAAGUUGCUACCUCAGCAUUCUUUUCAUGUUCUCUGCUCGCUGAAAGUCUGCUAGGUUGGAGGAGGCGGGGAGUAAAAGGGGAGGGCAGAAUGGAAAUUGCCAGCUCUUUGCUUUGAUAUUGUCUUCUCUUUUGUCUGAACAGACUUCCUGCUGCUACAAGCAAGGAUUUAGAGGUUUGGAGGAGGAGGGAGGAAGCUGGCAGGAUGCUUUUCAGUUUAAGCAACGCAACCUUGAUACAUGUGUUGCAGGGCAGGACUGAUUUGGCCCUGCUGCUUGAAAAGCAUUUUCAGUAGGAGGCCUAUGCCCCAAAAUUAACACAUGGAGACUGAGAUACAUAGGGACUGAGCUGGAUUUAGGUGUGUUUUUAGGAGUGCUCAGAGUUUGAGGCCUGUUUUAACAGUGUUACCCUUAUCAGUUGUAGGACUGAUAUGCUGAUGACUAAUAUGUGUUUCUGACUUCUAGAAUCUGGUUCUUUUCUUCAACGUGGCUCACAUUGACUGCCUGGUAGGAACUGUUUUGCAUCUGUACCGCUGUCAUUGGUAAUGCAGUGCCCUCUGCUGGUCCCAGGUCACAAGAUUUCUCAAGGAGCUACCUCUCGAAGCGAGCAGGACUUCCUACAGGCACAUCCAAACUGGCUUAUCUGCAAAAUGGGGUCAGAUAGCAAGAAUACCUCUUUUAUUCUAAAGAUGAGUCCAAAAUUUAAAACAAAUAAUCUUUUCUUCUUUGUGUAUUUGUAAUCUUAUGUGUUUUAGGGUAAUUUUUCUUCUUGUCAGCUGAACUUGGCAAUACCACGAUCUCAUUAGGUUCAGUUCUCAAUCCCUUACUAUAAUCAGAGUCCUCUUUGUUGUUAAACUUUCCAUGCUUGUCCUUGAAUUUCAUAUUAAAGACCAUGAUUCUGAUGUUGCUAGUGGAAACAGGACUAAGGAAAUAAAAGACAACCUGGCUAAGUUACUCUGACUCAGCCAUGUCUGGCUAGAAGUUUCAUAUCAGAAAGGGUAAAAGCCUAGAGAGAACUGCUCUGUUGUGUGGAGUACUGAUGUUGCAUGUGUAAGAGUCUAUUUGCCAAUGCAGUAAGUGAAAGUAUCCGUGGUAAGGUACUGCCUUGUAACUGAGCCUAACACUGAAAAGUUCAAAACUGUAACCUUUCUCUUCUCCCAGAUUACAUUAGUCUCCCUUGGGCAAGGGAAGCUGAAUUUUGUAGCAAGUAAACACCGAGUGGUUUUUCAGGCAGGCUUUUCAGGAAUCUGUGUUUCAAGACUUUUAUACGUGCGUUUUAUAACCAUUUUUAUGCCCAGUACUAGGAAAAGUACAUUGGAUUGAACAUAAGAAAUAUGGCUGCAGAUGUUGUUGUAGAGUUUAUGAAGCACUUCAAGAAUCUGGAGAAGCAGCUGGGCUCAUUUCACUGGCAACUGGGUGUUGAUGCUGGGAAUUAGCUAGGGAGCAUGAAUACCAGCUAAAGAGGUUAAGUAGGAGCUCAGCCCACAAGAAAAGAAAAUGAAUAGGUUCUUUUGCUAGAAGCCAUUUCAAAAAAUGGCAGAACCAGCUGGGAAAGCUCUUGCUUCCUCCAAAGAAGGAAGGACUCCUCCAUGGGUUUAGGGUAACUAGAAGACUCGCUCUUUUUUGAAUUGGAUUGGCAUUACUGGUAUUUGUAUCUUACAUGGGUUGUCUUGUUAAUCCUGGGGGGUGUCUGUUGAUUUACAAGGGCUGAAUGGAGUCUUGGCUGCAGGUGCUAGUACCUCUGACUAUGAAGAAUAAAAGUUAUUUUGGAUGCUGUGCUGAUCUAGUUAAAGAACUAAAGAAGGUUUGUUUUGAUUUGGUAGCUCAUUUCCCCCUGGUUCUAUUGAUGAUGUGAUUACAACACAAGAGAGGUAAUUUUUCAUAUUGAAAAUAGCAUGCCAGGUGUGUGUGCCACCUGUGACAUGGUCUAUAGUGGGGGAUGAACACCUUGGGAAUGGCUGAUAAAAUGAAUCCUAUGCAGUCUUUUAACCAGGGAGUUCAAUCUCUCUGCACCAGAAGGACCUCCCAUAACUUCAAAUAAACGGUCUAAAUGCACCAGAAAGAUGAAGAUUGGUGAAUGCUGUUUUAUUAAAUGAAUGCAAAAGCUGGAGGAUCUCAUUAAAGGAAUGCUUGCAGUGGUGAUUUGUGAUUUAUAGGGAAGCUGCUUUUGAGAGGUUAGUGAAGAAAAAUGCAUCCCAUGCAGGGAAAGAUAUAUUGCCUGAGAGAGGAAAUGUAUGAUCUAAUUAGCUAGCAGUAGGGAUUCACCCACUGCCCCUUUCCCUCUUUCCACAGGCCAUGACUAGAAUUAGAAAAGAGUUUGUGUCUAAAGCACGUUGCCCAACUUGCUUUUUACAGAACUAUUUCAAGCACUAAUGUAGACACAAUUUAAUGUCCUUCAAAAUGGUAUGUUUGACAAUAACCAUCUGUCUUUCUAAAUGCAUUUUAAAAGCGUAAUAUAUUGUCCUUCCUGGCUAAUAGGCUAUAUAAUACCAGCAUGAUGCAGGUGAUGCUUGUUGCUAUUUUCCUAGCUUAUUUGUGACCUUGGUUGUGAAGGCUAGUAGUGAAGAGUGGGUAGAGAACAUGGGAGCCAGACAUGGGAAGGCUGUGGAAAAUAGUUCUGUGUGUGUGUGAAGGAGCUUAGGGCAGUGAGUAGGUGAUCUGGACAAGCAGGAUGAGUAAGAAUCUGAAGCCAUUAUUAAGUUUCUCUUCCUGUGUUCAGUAACUGUUGUGGUCACAUCUGUAGGAUGAGGAUGCAUGUUUACUGCUUAUAGCCUUAGCAUCACUCUGAAUUACAAACACUGUGGAGAACAAUGGGAGGAAGGCAGAAAGCCUGUCUGCUGACCAGGAAGCUUGUUGUCUACUUACAGUUCCCCUAUUUUGUCCAGCUGUGCAGUGCUGCAGGUGCUCAGCAUGGGUGUUUACAACCCAGAAGAGACCCAGCCCAACCAGAACUGAAAUUUCCAAAGAAGGGGGAGAAAACAAAUGGGCCUUUAACUGUUUUUAAGAGAUUCAUAGUAUUUCUUUUUUCUGCUUGCUUGGUUGGUUAGACUAAAACAUUCCUCCUUGGAGACCAUACUUCUUACCUUUCCUUUUGUCUUCAUGGUUCUGCUGCACAGAAUCCCUGUUAUAUUUGUGCCCUGCUUUACUUAGCUUGAUACAUCUCCAGCUGAUUUUUUUUUUAUCUUCUAAUUUCUGCAUUAUCUAUUCCCAAGGCUGCAAGACGUUUCUUCUUAGAGAGAUUAAUAGAUGAAAGAAAACAAAAGUGGAAUUUUUAGUCAAGUUGUCUUGGAAGAAAGAACCUUAAGAAGCUGACUGACAUUCUGAAAUUUUACUGGAAAUUCAUUUGUGUAAAGUUGUCAUAUUAAAGAUGUUGUAAUGGUUUUGUUUUGUCUUGCCAGACAUAUUCUACUGUGGAAUGAAAUGCAGAAAGAUCAGGUUUUCUUAUGGGAGUUAAUAGGAGUUUCAAAGGUGAUCAUACUGUGAUAAGAUCUGUUCAGUCUUAACAAUGAAGUGGUCACUGCUGUUCAUAAUAAAGCAUUAAAUAUACUGAAA